UCCUGUAGCCGCAUUCUUCCUCUAACAAGAUGGCGGCGGGGAGCAGUGGUGGGAGCGACGAGCUCUGCUCGAAAAGCGAGGCCGAUUCCGGCUUCUUGGGGCUGCGGCCCACUUCGGUGGACCCGGCCCUGAGACGGCGGCGGCGAGGCCCAAGAAAUAAGAAGCGGGGCUGGCGGCGGCUCGCUCAGGAGCCUCUGGGGCUGGAGGUUGAUCAGUUCCUAGAGGACGUGCGGCUGCAGGAGCGCACGAGCGGUGGCUUGAUAUCAGAGGCCCCCGAUGAAAAACUCUUCUUCGUGGACACCGGCGCCAAGGAGAAGGAGCGGAACAAGACAAGGAUCAAGGGCCAAAAGAGGUCACUGCUUCUGAAGAAGCCCCUUAGGGUCGAUGUCCUCCUGGAGAACACAUCCCGGAUCCCUGCCCCCAAAGACAUCCUCGCCCACCAGGUCCCCAACGCCAAGAAGCUCAGGCGGAAGGAGCAGCUAUGGCAGAAGCUGGCCGAACGGGGCGAGCUGCCGCGGGCGGGGCGCAGGGCGCAGGCCCGGCUCCUGCGCCCUCCCACAGGCGGAGCCCGGCCCGGGCCCCCGGACGCUGCAGCGCGGCCCUUCUACGAUCUCUGGGCCGAGGACAACCCGUUGGAGCGGCCCCUGGCUGGCCAGGACGCGUUCUUCCUGGAGCAGACCAAGAAGAAAGGUGUGAAGCGGCCACCGCAUCUCCACGUCAAGCCCUCGCAGGCGCCCGCCGUGGAGGUGACGCCCGCCGGCGCCUCCUACAACCCGUCCUUCGAAGACCACCAGACCCUGCUCUGGGAAGCCCAUGAGGUCGAGCUGCAGCGGCAGAAGGAGGCAGAGAAGCUGGAGCGGCAGCUGGCCCUACCCACCGCGGAGCAGGCCGCCACCCAGGAGUCAACCUUCAAGGAGAUGUGCCAGGGCCUGCUGGAGGAGUCAGAUGAGGAGGAUAAGGACGGGGAGCCGGGCAGGGGCCAGGACAGGGGGCCCGAGGCCGGAGGAGACCAGAACGGAGGAGCCGAGGCGCCGGCCACGCCUGCCCGCCUGGCCGCUGUGGACAAGAAGACGGAGCAGCAGCGGCGGCGGGAGAAGGCCGCCCGGAUGCUGCGCAUAGAGCAGGCAGUGGUGCGGGCCGCCCGGCUGCGGCGCCAGGAGCUCUUCAGACUGCGCGGGAUCAAGGCCCAGGUGGCUCAGCGGCUGGCGGAGCUGGCGCGGCGGCGGGAGCGACGGCGGGCGCGGCGGCUGGCGGAGGCGGACAAGCCACGCAGGCUGGGGCGGCUCAAGUAUCAGGCCCCCGACAUCGACGUGCAGCUCAGCUCCGAGCUGCCGGACUCGCUCAGGACCCUAAAGCCCGAGGGCAACAUCCUCCGUGACCGUUUCAAGAGCUUCCAGAGGAGGAACAUGAUCGAGCCCCGGGAGAGAGCCAGGUUCAAGCGCAAGUACAAAGUGAAGCUCGUGGAGAAGCGGGCGUUCCGGGAGAUCCAGUGAGCGGCGCCCCCUUUACCCGCCCGCUGGUGUCCACUGCGUCCCUGGGCCCAUCUCAGGCCUGGUGACUGGCAUUGCUUGGGUGGGGGAAGGUCAGCCCACCAGAUGCGCCUGAACCCAGAGUUGGGAUGAGGGGUCCCCAAAUGAAAAUGGAAGGGCCCAAGCCAAAGGGGGAUGUCAAGUGGGCGAGAAUGUGGGACCCCACUCCCCUCAUCCACCGUCAGCCCCUCCCUCUGUCCCCAGGUCAUAGUUGCCGCUGGAUGCCAGAGCCCCCACCCCUCAAUAAAGCACCUUCUUACUGGCA